AAUGGAAUGUAAUUAGUCUAAAGAUAAACAAGAAAUUGUCAAACUUAAAAUUACUAAAUUUUCUACAACAGAGAUUGAAGAAAAUAAUUACUUUAAGAAAGAAUUUAUAAUCAAACCUCUAACUAUUCCUUAAUUAUAAAGUCCUUAAUUUCAAUCUAUAACAUAAGAAUAAGUUAAUGAUGGAGUUCCAUUUGAAGCUACUUUUCAGUUAUUAAAUGAGAUGGAUCUUAUAAUUUUUGAAAAUAGAGCCAAAGCUUAAAUGUAUUUGAAUUCUUGUAUUUAACACAAUUUGUAAUGUCCAAUUAAAAAAUAUAUUGAAUUAAAAAAUGUUUUCCCAUUUCAAAAACCAUAAUUGUCAAUGAAUGAUAUGCUAAGAUGGCUUAAAAUACCUAAUUAAUGUAUAUAUAAUAUUUAAUUAAUAGCCCAACAAUUUGCAUUGACAUUAGUAGUUAUAGAACUGUUGAAAAGAUCAUAUACAUUUUAAACAUAGAUGUUAUAAUAAUUAUAAUUUCCAAUUCCUGAAGAAGAAUCUAGACUAUAAGGAUUUUAAAAUUUAAUUAUAUUAGAUCUUCAAUAUACAUGUGUUGAGAAUUAUAGAUAAAAUUUCCAUUAAGAAAUUAUUGAAAUCUCAGCAUAAGUAUAUGAUAUUCGUUAAAGAAAAAUCAUUCAAAGUUUUUAAAAAUAUAUAAAACCAAUUGAAAAUCCAAUAUUAAGUGAAUAUUGUACUAAAUAAACAGGUAUUUAAUAGUUUUAAAUUAACAAUGGCAUAUCACUUUAGUAAGCUAUUAAUUAAUUGUCUUAAAUUUUUAAAGAAUUAGGAAGAUUUUGUAUAAUCACAUUAAGUGACUUUGAUUUAAUUAUUUUAAAGAAGGAAGCAGAAAGAAAAUAAAUCAAACUUGUCAAAAAUUUUACUUACUAUAUAAAUCUUAAAAAAAGUAUAAAAUUAUUUUUUAAUAUUAGUAUUUCCUAAAUCCUUAAGAAUUAGGGAUUCUUUAAAAGAUCCUAGUAUGACAGAAAUGUUAGAAUGUUGUGGACUAUUAUAAUAUUAAAAUAAUCUAAGUGAUAAUACUAAAGUAAUAAACCUUGUUAGUUUGGUUGAUUAUUUGAUAACUAAUGAAAAAUUAAGAUUUGAUGAAAAAAUGAUAUAAUAUACAUAUAAAAUUUGA